ACUCAUCAUAAUUCCUUACCUUUGCAUUACGGUGCAUUCUUUUUCAUCAGUGUCCUCUUUCUUGCUACUAGGGUUUUCACUUUUCCCUUUUCUUCUCUAACAUUUAGCAACAUUAAAUCCUAAACUCUUUAGUUUCCUAUGACUGUCUGAUAGCAUCAUCCUUAAAAGAAUCAAUGUGAAUUGUGAAGAAGCUCGAAACAAAAUAUACGAAGUUCUCUUUCUUUUGAAAAGAGAAAACCCUUGUUCCCUUUCUGGUUCUUCCUCAAGAAAAAUAAAGUAAAAAUUGUUGAGUUGGUCUAUUAGAGCAAAAGAUAGAUCCGCAAAAGGAGGGUUGAUUGAUGAAGAUGAGGAUGAUUUCCCUGUGACUGGCAUACUUGUUUGUAUGUUGUUUGAUCCAACUAUUUUUCUUGUCAAUCUUCGUGUUUUCUUAGGGUAUAGCUAGCCCACUACGUAACGGUAACAGGUAUCUUGUUCCGUGUUUAUAUUUCUAGACAUAGUUUUCAUAGAACGCGUUUGCUCUUUUUCAAGUAAUGACAAUUGUCUCUUUUCAGUGAUAUUUCGAAUACAAUUUUUCCUAGUUUUGAUGAAUGGUUUCGAAAAAAUUACAUGGCAAUUCAGUUUAUAAAUGUCCACUUAAUCUAUGACUCGAACAAUAGAUGUUACAUUUUACAUAGAUUUCUUGAAAGAGAAUUACUUCCCUCAAGCACCAGAUCUUGGCCAAGAGAAAACUAUUUUUCUCAAAAUAAUUUACUCAUAAUUAAUGAAUUGUAUAGUUUUUUUUAUGUGACUUUGAUAAUUGAUUGGCCUUGUUAUAUAAUUCAAUUUUCAGUCAAAUGGCUUCUUCCAGCUAUUCAAACCCUCCUUGUGCUGCCUGCAAAUUUCUAAGGAGAAAAUGCUUGCCAAGUUGCACUUUUGCUGCAUACUUUCCUCCAGAGGAGCCGACAAAAUUUGCCAAUGUACACAAAAUAUUUGGGGCAAGCAAUGUUAGCAAAUUGCUAAAUGAAAUCCCCCCUAAUCAGAGAGAAGAUGCAGUGAAUUCUCUUGCAUAUGAAGCCGAGGCGCGACUAAAAGAUCCUGUUUAUGGCUGUGUUGGAGCAAUAUCUGUUCUUCAAAGGCAAGUCCUUCAUCUCCAAAAGGAAUUAGAUGCUACAAAUGCUGAUUUGAUGUUAUAUGCAAACAAUGAUGUAUCACAUUCGCAUCCAGUUCAGUCCAAUUCAACAUUUUCGAGGACUAAUGCUCAGUAUAAUGGAGGAGAGUCGAAUCCGGGAUUGCUUCAUCCAUAUGCUUCUCCAUGGAAUAAUGACUCUUCAAAUGAUUCCAAGAGCAUGUAAUUAAGAUAUAUAAAGAGCUCGUAUUAAAUCUUGGGUUGGUGAAGAAGCAUAUUGUGACCAUUAUUAGGAAAAGGUGCAAUUUCAUAUGCUUCUUGUUUCAUUUAUUUUCUCAAGGACAAAAAAUGUAUGACUUGUUAUGAGUACGACAAUGGAGUGUUAUUAUAAUGUGAGUGUAAAAUAAUUUGUCCUCUUCAGGGAUAUAUGUACGUUGUGCUAGUAAUCCAUAUUUCUAUUGGGAAAUGGCAUAUAACUAU